AUGGCUGCUCAUCUCAGUGUUCUUCUUCUUUUCAGUGUGCUUAAAGUUCACAGCAUAACUACAGUCAGUAAAGUAUCAGUGGAAGCUGGAAAAUCUAUCUCCAUCCCAUGUCUCUAUGAGUCAAAAUAUAUAGACCAUGUGAAGUACUUGUGUAAAGGGCAUAUAUGGAGCUCCUGCAGCUAUGCAGUAAAAACAAACAAACCAGACCCUUCAGGAAAAUAUUCAAUCUAUGAUGACAAAAAAGAACAAAUUUUUACUGUGACUAUAAAAAAUCUGACAAAUCAAAAUACUGAUUACUGGUGUGUGGUGGAGAUUAAUAAUGGACUGGACUGCGGACAGUAUUUUCAACUAUCAGUAACCAGUGGUACCCCCAGUCUCUAUUUGGAUCAUCAGAAGACUACAGGAUAUAUUGGAGAAAACAUAACUAUUAGAUGUCACCGGAGUAACUCUGGAGAAAUGAAGUGGUGCAGGCUGGGCAGGAACUGUGUGACAGGAUCAUUUGGAUCCAUAGAUGGAACAACAGUGACCACUCAUAUGAGAGACCCAAAUGUUUUCACAGUGACCAUGACUGGACUAAGGUCAGAGGACAGCGGCUGGUAUUGGUGUGCUGAAGGGGACAUUCAGAUACCAGUAUAUUUAAAUGUUACAGAGAAACCAAUUAACAGAGAUCACAGCUUAACUACAGUCAGUCAAGUAUCAGUGAAAGCUGGAGAAUCUAUCUCCAUCCCAUGUCUUUAUGACUCCCAGUACGAAAAUGAUCUCAAAUAUCUGUGUAAAGGAUACUAUUAUCGAGAAUGCACAUAUGCAGUAAAAACAAACCAGCCAGGCCAGUCAGGAAAAUAUUCAAUCUCUGAUGACAAAAAACAAAGAAUCUUCACUGUGACUAUUAAAAAAUUAAACGCAGAUCAGGACAGUCAUUACUGGUGUGCUGUGGAGAUUCCUGGGAUAUGGAAAGAUGUGAGAGUCUAUUUUCAUCUGUCUGUCACCAGGGGUCCACCCAGUUUCUAUGUGGAUCAUCAGGAUAUUACAGGGUUUAAUGGAGGAAACAUCACCGUCAAGUUUUACAGUACACAAACUGGGAAAAUAAAGUGGUGCAAGUUGGGCGGCGAGUGUGUAACACAGCCAACUGGAUCAAUAGAUGGAACAAGAGUGAGCAUUAAUAAAAGUGCCCACAAUGUUUUCACUGUCACCAUGAGUCGAGUGACCACGAAGAGCAGCGGCUGGUACUUAUGUUAUAAAGGAGACCUCCAGGUGCCAGUGCAUUUAACUGUGAAUGAAACUUUCACACCCAAGUUUCACUGCUAA